AUGGGCAAUGCAGAUAAUCCACAACCAGGGGCCAGAAUGCAAGCCAAUAUAAAAGACACCUUAACGUGGAUACAGGCCACAAUAUCUUCUAUUUUGGCGUCCAUAAACAAUUUAAAUCAAAGGAUGGAGAAGCUGGAAACGUCAACACCAACCACUGUAAGCCCCACAGAUCUCUUACCCACAUUAACCACCGAACAAACCGUCACACAAGGUAAUGUCACCACCACACCAACCACACAGGGUUCAGCUACACAUAGCAUCACACCUGCACACAUGGUCCCUUCCUACAUUAAGAAGGACAUUCUGGAGGGGAAGGAUGUAAACCUAAUGUCUCUACUGAUAGGAAAAAACUGUCCAUACCAGACUUUGUAAUAGCAUUCAGAUUGUACAGAGACAUAAUUUGCUUUAAUUUCCCCCAGCGCAGAGAGGAACUAGACCUGUACAUGCACAAACUGGUAGACCUGAUGAACAAGUACGGUGGCACCACGUUUUACGAUUAUCACAAGUCAUUUUCAGCCAAGGCAGCGGCAACAUUUCCACAGUUCAAUAUCAAGAUAGACUGGAGCCACAUGGAUACUGAAUUGUUAUGUUGCCACUUUGCUGGGUGGGUGCCACCGGCUUGCGCAAUUUGCUCCUCCAACUCUCAUGCUACCAAUUUGUGCUCCAACAGACAUAGUUUACCUACCACUAGCUACACCACCCCUAGCACAAGCACGUUUGAGCAAAGAGGAUUGAAAGACAAAUUAGGGAGACCGAUAGUCUUUUUAGGUAAGGCUAAGAUAUGCAACAACUUCAAAGCAGGGGGUUGUAGUUUUAGUGCCUGCAGGUUGUUGCAUGUCUGCUCCAUCUGUUUUAGAACCAACGCCAAGACUAUAUGCCCUAACCGUCUCUUUCCCAAAAAAUGACUGACGGAGGUACAGGUCGACACACUUUCUUUCUACCUCAACGCUCACCCAUCACGAGAUCUCGUUCAGUUCCUAAUCACGUGUUUCAUGGAAGGGUUCCACACAGGGUUAAUUGCACUACCAAUAGUCACCAUAGAAUGUAACAACUUACAGUCCGCAACAAUAGACCCUACAACAGUAGACACACUCCUAAGCACAGAAGUGGGGAAAGGCUUCAUGAUCGGGCCAUUCCAAAAAGCACCAUUCUCAUGUAGGCGAACCAACCUGAUAGGCAUCGGAACCGGCAAAUACAACAAUAAAAAAUGCUUUAUCAUAGACCUUUUGGCUCCUCAUUCUGUUGUCACUCCAAGCCUAAACUCACUCAUACCUUCAGAGGAAUUUUCCCUGCAGUAUGCCACAGAAGACAAUGCCAUACAGGCAAUAUUGGAGGCGGGGGAGACAGCUUGGUUGGGGGAAACUGACAUAUCCAACACCUUCAAACUACUUCCAAUAUAACCGUCACUGUGGCAUCUGCACGGAAUAAAAUAGAAGGGCCUCAACUAUUUUGCCAAACGACUAACUUCCGGGGCAAAGAGUAGCUCAAAGUUAUUUGACUUAUUCGCAGAAACACUUUGCUGGCUAUUAUUGAACGUCAGUAGCUGUCCAGUCGUAAUUCACUACCUAGAUGACUUUCUGACCAUAGAAAACCCCGAAUCCACACCACUAAGCAUAACAAGUAGCACUCUUUUCAACAUUAGGAGUACCGGUAGCCACGGACAAAACUUUAGGACCCAUCACUAGAUUGUCAUUUCUCGGCAUAUGACUAGACUCAGUCGCCAUGCAGGCAAGUCUUUCCGCAGACAAAGUUCAGAGAAUCAGGACAGAGGUAGAGUUGUCCCUCAGCAGAAGUACAAAGACCUACAAUCCCUCCUAGGCUCUCUGAACUUUGCCAUGAGCAUAAUCCCACAAGGACGCACGUUUAUAUCCAGACUACUCAGUCUGUUACCUAAACUACCAAGCGACCAAAGCAUAGUCACACUGGACGGACAAGCCAGGGCAGAUUUGUCUAUGUGGAGUCAAUUUUUGACUCACUGGAACGGGAUUAAUAUGUUCAUACCACCUUUUACAGGGAAUUCCCCAGUAAUAUGGACAGAUGCAGCAGCCCACUCAGGUUAUGCAGCCAUUUUCGGAAACAAAUGGUUCAGAGACGCAUGGCCAAUAGAGACAGUAACUUUACCAUCAUUUAACAACACUUCUGCCUUUUUCGAGGUUUACCCAAUAGUGGCAGCAGCCCAAGUGUGGGGACACCUUUGGAAAGGACAGGCAGUAAAGUGCUAUACAGAUAACACAGCAGUAUGCAACAUAAUCAACAAGGGCAGGUCCUCAACCCUGAUCAUCAUGAGACUAGUCAGAAGACUUGUGUGAUUGGCAACCACAAAACACUUCCACUUCACUUGCGAACAUAUACCGGGCUACCACAACACAGCAGCUGAUGCCCUCUCUCCUUCUAACCUACAGGUGUUCUACGAAGUACAUCCCACAACCAAGAAAACCCCAUACAGACCACCGCUAUUCCAGGAACUCAUCCUGGACUGACUAUACUCAUGGCGCACGGGAGAAUGCUGGCACAAUCAGCACUCUCAGCAAACACCAGACGCUCGUACAGUCGAGCCUUAAUCAUAUUCAAUAGGUUCAUUACAGAAUACAAGAUCACAAACCUGUUGUCAUUAGAUACUAUGGUGGCGUUUACAUCUUUUUGCCACUUGCAUCUAAAACUAGCACACAAUACGAUAAAGCUAUAUCUUACAGGUAUACAAUACCCUGUCAUAAAUACAUACCCUAGCCACAGUACUUUCAUAUCUUCAAACCCGAUAAAAAACAUCCCAAAAGGUAUUCUACGAUUAGAAGAUCACAAACCCACAAAACGACAACCUAUAGAUGUUAACAAAUUCAGAGCAUUAUCCAACACAUUGGAUACGUUACCAUUCGAAAUCGAAACAAACACCUUAAAAAUCGCUACUUGUCUGGCCUUCUACGGGUUCUUACGACCAAACAAAUUCACCGUAGAAAUACCAGCAAAAUGCUAAAAAUGGCUGACCUAAACAAAAUAGGGGACCACCAUGUCCUGACACUUCGGCAAUCCAAAACGAAUCAAACAGGGCCGCCCAUCGACAUACCCAUAUACCCCACAGACAACAAGUGGUGUCCAGUACAAUUAUUUGACCAGCUUUAUCCAAACUUAAGAGGUGAAGACAAAAACGCCCCCCUACUAAGCCUAUAACAACAUCCAAAUUCACGGUCUACAUACGAACUCUCUUUACAAAAAUAGGGUGCGACCCAUCAGCUUUCACUGGUUAUUAAUUUCGCAUAGGCGCAGCUACAGCCACAUCUAGUCAAUAUAUUCAAUAUAUUCCAGUACACAUCAUUAAAAGACUAGGACGUUGGAAGUCGUCAAUAAACAACCGGUAUAUAGCCCAACCGGUAAAAGAACUCAGACAAGCAUUCAAAGACUUAGCCAAAUAAUAUAAAGCCACAUAUCUGCAUGGGUCUUGUUAACAAUUAAAUACGUACUAAAGUUGCUUUGCUUACACCUUUUUGCCCUCUUUAUUUACAGGCCUGCCUGAACAUAGGUUUCUGCACACCACAACUGAAUUUAGUAAAUAUUAUGGUCAACGCUUACUCGGCCUAUUUCCCUGACCACAAAUGGGAGUCUGGAGUUUUGGGAGGGGACGAUCCGGCCUAUAUAAACAUAAACUUACUUCUAUACCGUGCGAUGUCAUUUGGUCACGCCACCCACUACUCCCCAUAUUCACAAUUCUACCUUGGCGGGCCCUCUUUAUUUACAGGCCUGCCCGAACAUCGGUUUCAGCAUUCCACAACCGAAUCUAGGCCUAUAUCCCUGACCACAACUAUAGUUUAUGUGCGAGGAGGGAUCGAAUAAAUUGAUAUGUUUAGAAUAGCUAAUAUACAUAAGGCACUUUACUAUUUCCUAGUGUUGUCGGUGUAUGACCAUAUUAUAUCUCUAACAAGUCGUUAUAAACCUGUAUAUCUGGUAGUCACUUAGACAUCAGUUAGUCCUUAGUGUGUCCACCUCCUCUCCUUUGCAAGUAAGUCGUCCAGGGACCCCAUAUAUCCUUAUAAUGAGAAUAUUUACUUGUUAAGCAAAAUUUUCCUCCAUAGACCUAACAUAUUCUACUUUCUGCAUCCAAUCUCUCAUGGAUGGCGCUUUGGAUGGUUUCCAGUGUAUAGGGAUUAGCCAGUUAGCUGCUGUGAGCAUAUGUAUAAGUAGUGUAUUCAGAGUCCUAGGCAUUGGGUUUGGAUACAUAAAAAAAUAAUGUUUUGGGUUCUAGUAUGAGUAGGAUAUCUGUGAUUGCCUAAUUAGCUUAAAUAUUUUCUCCCAAAACUUUUGGAUCACAGGACACGCCCACCAUUUGUGAACUACUGUACCCCCUGACAGGACACACCUCCAGCAGCUGUCUGAUGCCGUCGGGGAAAAGGCAUGAAUGCGUGAUGGCGUGUAAUGUCAUCUGGCCACUUACAUGUUUAUUUCUUACAACGAAUUAAAUUUUAUUUAAUCUGGGGGAAAUUUCCCUGAACAUAGAUUAGAGGGUUUAUGUGCUCUAUUGCGUUUGUCUAUGUUUGGAAGAGCAGGGAAUCCCUCUAAUUCCCACGACCGCUCGCACUUACCACCCCGCGAGAGAGCUGGUCGUAAGUGCGAGCCGUCGUAAAACAGGUAGGUCGCAAAACGAGGAUCACCUGUAGUUACUGCUUAAACUGCUUCCACAGACAUUUCUCAAUUUAUGCUUUCUUGUGGUCACAUCCAAAAGGGCACCUAUAAUGGAUGGGUGGAUGCUCAGCCCAAUAGGAAUCUAGUCUUGCUUCCCAAUCUAAACAGAAAAAAACAGGAAUAUAGGGUAUGCCCAGAAUAUGCAUUUCUAAGUAGUGGAGAUACUGUAUAGAAUUAGGGACCCAGUGCUAUAGCGUUUGGAAUACAGGUUUUGGAACACUGUAGUGUUCCUUUAAAAAUUUUUUACAAAAUAAGCUCAAACAUUAGGUAGGUUGAUAAAUUUAAAUGUAGUAAUUAUGCUGGAUGCUGUAUAGGUUUCUCUAGUAUAAUUAUAUAUAUUGCUGCUCAUGCGCACUAGUCUCAUAGUGCUUCAUUGUGGGAAAGCAUUGAAUUGUCAGAGAUCAUCUGUAAUGAUGCUGAUCACAGCCAUGGGAGGAGCGGUAGCCGUGGUAAAACCACUGAGCCAGGAGGCCAAAGGUGAUUACAACUCUAUCAGGGUUACUCACUAGUGAGAAUUCCAAGUGAAUUCCAAAUUUCAGGUCAAAAUAGCAGAACUGGAGGAUUCUGUAAUUCAGCUAUGCUUUCAGUUUAAAAUUGAAAUUCACUUUAAAUUCUCACUUCAGUAAAUAACCCUGUCUAAUUUACUAUUUAAGGGAGGAGCACAGAAAUCUAAAUAGUUAACAUAACAUGCAAAGGUUUACAUAUAAGGCACUACAUGUAUUCCUAACGUUGGUGUUCCUUCAAUUUAUUUUAAGUAUUUGCACAUUUUUUAUGUAAUAUCUAUAUCUUGCAUUAAAAAGGAUAGUUGGUGUGUGGUAGGUAUUCAUACCUGCCUGAACUUAAAUCUCUCAUUAUUGUCUUUUGUGGGAGACAGGUUCUAUCCUGUAUUUGUCAAUGGGUCUGAGAGAUUUUCCCAGCCACUAACACACAUGAUCUUUCUUUGUCUUUCAGGUAUUGCUAGCCCUGAAUGACCUCCGGAAUCCUCUUUCAGUCAUUCUGUUCACUGAAAGGUAUCCUGUGAAGCUUUCACGGGUAUCAGGGGCAUAUAAGAUAAUCUUGGCACCCUAGAACGGCUGGCUAUAAAUGAUCAAGUAAGUGCAAAUUUGGCAUGACACGCAUUUAUAUAUUGUAUGGCUCAGCUCUCCAACAUCCUAUAAGUUUACUAUCAAUUGUUUAAUAUAACUGCAGAUGUGUAAAUAAAAACUUGAAGGGCGAGGCAUAAAAUCCUGCUUUGAUAAAAUGUUGUUUCACAUAACCAAUGUUCCUUUUAAGCAGCUGUUCAAAAAAUCCAACCUCUUGGAUAAAUGGUUACAUAGAUUUACACAUUGCUGCUUGUAGUGCCAUCUGUGGCAUAGGUAGGAAAGGUCUGUGCCAACCAAAGCAAAACUCUGUUAUAACACUGUGUCAUUGUCUUUCGUUGGUAAUCGUGACUGAGGAUGCCAGGAAAUGAUAUAACACACCUGGGCCCCAGUUAUUGUAUCUGGUAUAAAAAAAAGAGAGCAGUGGGAAGUAGAUCUUUAUGCUUAAAGGCAAAUAUCUCUCCCACUCAGCUUUCUCUGGUGCAAUAAGCCAAUGGGGUGAGGAAUUAAAGGGACACUAUGGUUAUCAGAAAAACUACAGCUUAAUGUAGUUGUUCUGGUGUGUAUAGUAUGUCCCUUCAUGUUUUGUAAUGUAAGCACUGUAUUUUCAGAGAAAAAGCCGUGUUUACAUUACUGUCAAGGAACAUAAGUUUGAUGAUCUUAGCCAAGGAGGCGGAGUGAGCUACAGUGAGGCCGGCACUGGAAAAAAGGUGAGUAAAGUCAGCUUUUUAACCCCUUAAGGACCAAACUUCUGGAAUAAAAGGGAAUCAUGACAUGUCACACAUGUCAUGUAUCCUUAAGGAGUUAAAGGCGGAAAGGGAGGCGGACACCUACACAGUGUUUUUAAAACUAUAGUGUCAGGAAUACAUGUUUGUAGUCGUCCUUUAAAACAUACCACCUCUUAUUCACAAAAUACAGAGUAGGAAACAGUACACACACACAAAAAAAUUAAGAUAAAUAUAUAGUUCAGUUAUCAAUUUUACAAGGUUUCUUAAAAUCAUCUGUCUUAGCAAACAAAUAUGAGGAUUCAGUUGGGCUAUAUGGCCAUGUCGUGUUAAGCCCACCACUAUGUCUCAGUACCCCAAUAUAGGUGGGUCCUACACUAACUUUAACGUAGGAGAUGUACUUGCUAAUUGCAAUACUUACUGCUUCUACACACUCUUCUCAAUUAAUGCUUUCCUGUGGUCACCUCCAAAGGGGCUCCUAUAGUGGAUUGGUGGGUGCUUGGCCCAAUAGGAGUCUGGUAUGGAUUCCAAAUUUACACAGAAUAUGAGGGAAUUGAGGGAAUACAUGGAACAUGCAUUUCGUAGUUGUGGGGAACCUUUAUAGAACUAGGAACAUGGUGCUAUAGCGUUAGGAAUACAGGUUUGUAUUCCUUUUAAAAAAACAUGAAGCCCUUACGAUAGGUAGUUUGAUCAAUUUAAAUGUAGUAAUUAUGCUGGAUGCCAUGUAUAAUUGUAUAGACAAAUCUAUAUAUUCUCUAAAAUGUUAUUACAUUUUCUCCUUAGAUUUCAGCUGAUCCAAUUUUCCUGUCUCACAGUCCUCUACAGAGUUUCUUUCAUUUGCGUGACACGUAAGUGCUUAUAUCUGGUCAGGGACCUGUGUAGGAUAUUGUAAAGGAGUGUCAUUUAAGGCAUAACUGGGUGAUCUCUUAUAUGUACAUUUUUUAUAAAGCAUUACAGUUUAUUCCAUCUGGGGUUCAGAGCUAGCAAGGCACUACAUCAGAAUUAGUUGCAGUGACCAUCUAUGUUAUGGUCAGUUUACAAGAGGAAUUAUAGUAUUAAAGAUGAAAUAUAUCACUUAUACUUGAAACCAGGGUUGGCCAAAUGGCAGACACUCGUUUCUUGAAGAACUACAGCUCUAAAUAUUCUUCAGUAGUGCAGCGUUUACCACUGGGCAGAAAAGGCGGCUGCCCUGGGCCCCAUAAUUUACAGGGACCCUCAGCAUCUGCCUCUUGGGCCCCUAGUCAAACAGGGCGUUCACUUAAUGAAACACUCCUUUUUAAGAUCACAACCGUGAUCUGACUACUUCUCAGUAUGAGCCGAGCAUGGGCUCACAACUCUAUUUUUAAUUCACUCAUCUUCACAGUAUUCAGUGAUGCUCAGUGGCCAGAGUCCAAAAAUAAUAAUAAAUAUAUAUAGAAUACAGUUUUCAAUUUAUAAGGCUACUUAAAGUCACCUGUACUAGCAUACAAAUAUAGGGAUUUAGUUACACUAUAUGGCCAAAAUGUGUUAUUCCCAUCACUAUGUCACAUUACCCCAAUAACAGUGGGUCCUACAGUAAUUUUAACAUGGGAGAUGAACAUGCAAAUUGCAAUACUUACUGCUUUAACUGCUUCUAGAGACUCAUCUUGCAACUAUUCUCAAGUUAUGCAUUCCUGUCGUCACCUCCAAAGGCACCUAUAGUGGAUGGGUGGGUGCUUAGCUUAAGAGGAAUCUGGUCUGAAUUCCAAAUCUACGCAGAAAAAAAACAGGAAUUUGGGGUACAUCUGGCGCAUGAAUUUCUAAGUAGUGGGGAUACUGUAUAGAAUUAGGGACCUGGUGCUAUAGUAUAAGGAACACAGGUUUGCAUCUGCAACACUAUAGUGUUCUUUUUUUAAAAAUAUUUUUUUUUUUUUAAGUGAAGCCAAUACAGUAGGUAGUUUGAUACAUUUAAUGUAGUAAUAAUGCUGGAUGCUGUAUAGGCUUCUCUAGUAUAAUUGUAUAGACAAAUCUAUAUAUUCUCUAAACUGUCAUUAAACUUUCUUUUUAGGUUUCCGCAGAUCAUAUUUUCCUAUCUCACAGUCCUCUAUGGAGUUUCUCUCAUUUGCGUCACAAGUAAGUGUUUUUUUUGGCCAGUCACUGUCAUUUAAGGCAUAACUGGGUGAUCUAUUAUAUGUUCAUUGUUUAUAAAGCAUUACAGUUUAUUCCAUCUGGGGUUCAGAGCUAGCAAGGCACUGCAUCAGAAUUAGACACGGUAACCAUCUAUGUUAUGAUCAGUUUACAAGAGGAAAUAUAGUAUUAAAUAUAAAAUAUAUUACUCAUUAUUCAAACAAGGGUUGGCCAAAUGACAGACACUCAUCACUUGAAGAAAUACAGCUUAACAUUUGGCAAAAGAAGCCUGCUGCCCUGGACCCCAUAAUUUACAGGGACUCUCAGCAGCUGACCCUUGGGCCCUUUGUCCAACAGACCCUUAAUGAAAACACUGCUUUCACGAUUUCAACCGUGAUCUGAUUACUUAUCAGUAUGAGCCAAGCACAGGCUUCCAGCUCUAUAUUCAGUUCAAGGAUCUUCACAGUAUUGAGUGAUGCUCAGUGGAUAGAGCCCCUUCCAAUCAGCAGCCAGCAUAAUUUGUUCAGGAUGAGGGGUGUGUUGGGGCUUACUGACUGACUCUUUCCUAAUAGCAUGUCACAGUUUGUAACUCACUCUUCCUCGCUAUCCUUCUCUAGAUAUCUUGACCUGUUCCCCUCUAUCUCUUUUUUACUCUCCUUUAUGUCUUUCAAUAUGCUGUGCUACUAGUUAUUCACAAAAUGGAUAUUAGGGAACAGCACACACACACAAAUAUAUAUAUAUAUAUAUAUAUAUAUAUAUAUAUAUAUAUAUAGUACAAUUUUAAAGUUUACAAGGUUACUUAAAAUCACCUGUCUUUGAACACAAAUAUGGAGUUUCAGUUACAUUAUAUGGCGUUAAUCCCAUCACUAUCUCACAGUACCCCAAUAUCGGUGGGUCCUACACUAAUUUUAACAUGGGAGAUGAACAUGCUCAUUGCAAAUUCUUACUGCUUAAAUUGCUUCUAGAAAGUCUCCUAAAUGUAUGCUUUCAUGUGGUCACCUCCAAAGAGACAUCUAUAGUGGAUGGGUAGGUGCUUAGCCCAAUAGGAAUCUAGUCUAGAUUCCAAACCUAAACAGAAAAAAUGGGAAUUAGGGGCAGAUCGAGAACAUGCAUUUCUAAGUCGCGGGGAUACUGUAUAGAAUCAGGGACACAGUGCUAUUGCAUUAGGAAUACAGGAUUGUAUCCCUAACACUAGAGUGUUCCUUUGAAAAAAAUGAAGCCAAUUUACAGUAGGUAGGUUGAUAAAUUUAAAUGUAGUAAUUAUGCUGGCCACUGUAUAGGUUUCUCUUGUAUAAUUGUAUAGACACAUCUAUAUAUUCUCUAAACUGUUAUUAAACUUCUCUUUAGAUUUACACGGAUCAUAUUUUCCAAUCUCACAGUCGUUUACAAAGUUUCUCUCAUUUGCGUGACAAGUAAGUGCUUAUAGCUGGUCAGGGACCGGUGUACGAUAUUGUAAGGAAGUGUCAUAACUGGAUGGUCUAUUAUAUGUAUAUUUCUCAUAAAACAUUACAGUUUAUUCAAUCUGCGGUUCAGAACUAGCAAAGCACUAAAUCAGAAUUAGACACUGUGACCAUCUAUGCAAUGGCCAGUUUACAAAAAUAUAGUAUUAUAUGAAAUAUAUUAAUCAUAAUUCAAACCAGGGGUGACUAAAUGACAGACACUAAUUUUUUGAAGAACUACAACUCUUAAAGACUCUUUAUCACGACCGUUUUUUACUAGAGGGCAAAAAAGACAGCUGUCCCGACACCCAUAAUUUACAUGGACCCUCAGCAGCUGCCCACUGGGCCCUUAAUGAAAACACUCCUUUCGCGAUCACAACCGUGAUUUGACUACUUAUCAGUAUGAGCCAAGCACAGGCUAACAGCUCUGUUUUCAGUUCACUGAUCAUUACAGUACUCAGUGAUGUUCAGUGGCCAGAGUCCCUUCCAAUCAGCAGCCAGCAAACUUAGUCCAAGAGGAGGGAUUGGUUGGAGUUUACUAAAGGACUCUUUGCUAAUAGCAUGCCACAGUAAGUAACUCACUCUUCCUUGCUCUAUUUCUUAGUCUUUCUAUACAUUUCUUGGCCUGUCCCCCUCUAUCUCUUUUUUAGUCUCCCUGAUUUCUUUCAACAUGCUGUGCUACUAGUUACCAUACCACCCCUUAUUCACAAAAUAGAUAUUAGAGAAAAGCACACACACAGGAAAAAUAAUAAAUAAAUAUUUAAUACAGUUUUGAAUUUUACAAGCUACUUAAAAUCACCUGUCAGCUGUCAUUGCAAACAAAUAUUGGGAUUCAGUUACACCAUGUGGCAGUACCCAAAUAUCAGGUCCUACACUCAUUUUAACAUGAUAAGUGAACAUGCUAAUUGCAAAACUAACUACUUAAACUGCUUCCACAAAUCUCCUCAAUGUAUCCUUUCCUGUGGUCUCCUACAAAAGGGGCACCUAUAGUGGAUGGGUAGGGUGCUCAGCCCGAAUCUGGUCUGGAUUCCAAAUCUACACAGAAAAGAGGGGAACUGGGGGUUCACCCAUAUUAUUAAUUUCUAAGCAGUGGGGAACCUGUAUAGAAUGUGGGACAUGGUGCUAUAGCGUCAGGAAUACAGGUUUGUAUCUCUAACACAAACAUAAAGCUCUUUUGAAAAAAGAUAAAGCCCUACAAUAGGUAGUUUGAUUAAUUUAAAUAUAAUUAUGAUGGAUGCUGUGUAGAUUUCUCUGGUAUAAUUGUAUAGACAAAUCUAUAUAUACUCUAAACUGUUAUUAAACCUUCUCUUUAGGUUUCCGCUGAUCAAAUUCUCCUAUCUCACAGUCCUCCACAGAGUUUCUCUCAUUUGCAUGACAAGUAAGUGCUUGUAUGUGGUCACGGACCGGAGUAGGAUAUUAUAAAUAAGUGUCAGUUAAGGCAUAACUGGGUGAUCUAUUAUAUGUAUAUUUCUUAUAAAGCAUUUUUCCAUCUGAGGUUCAGAACUAGCAAGGCACUACAUCAGAAUUAGAUGCGGUGACCAUCUAUGUUAUAUUCUGAUUACAAGAGGAAAUAUAGUAUAAAAUCAGAAAUGUAUUACUCGUAUUUCAUACCAGGGUUGGCCAAAUGGCAGACACGCUUUUCUUGAAGAUCCACAGCUCUUCAGUGGUUCAGUGGUCAAAAUUCUCCAGUGGUGCAGUUUUUACCUCUGGGCAAAAAAGGCGGCUGUCCUGGGCCCCAUAA